CACCAGCGUCCUGGAGUCCUGGGCUUUCUUGCGCGAUAGCAGUAAUAAUAACGUUUCCUGGAAGCUUAAUAUGUAUUAGGCACUGCUGAGUGCUUUACGUAUUUUUCAUCCUCAGCACAGCUCUCUGAGGCAGAGGUGGAAGAAACCCUAAAGCGACUUCAGAGCCAGAAGGGUGUGCAGGGAAUCAUUGUGGUGAACACAGAAGGCAUUCCCAUCAAGAGCACCAUGGACAAUUCUACUACCACACAGUAUGCCAACCUCAUGCACAACUUCAUCUUGAAGGCACGGAGCACCGUGCGUGAAAUUGACCCCCAAAAUGACCUCACCUUCCUUCGAAUUCGCUCCAAGAAAAAUGAAAUUAUGGUUGCACCAGAUAAAGACUAUUUCCUGAUUGUGAUUCAGAAUCCAACUGAAUAAGCCACUCCCUUGGCGCCCUGUGUUCUUCCUUAAUUUAAUGCCCCCAAGAAGACUAGUGCUAGUCAUGUCACCCAGCCACAAGUGGAAAUCACCUAAGAGCUCACUCGCACCAAUCUAGUGACCAAGGGUGGGCUGGCUGCCCCUCUCCCCCCAUCAAAGGAAUCCCCAUGCUGCGCCAACUGCUCGGAGUUCCCUCUAGGAGGACUCACUCUCUGAUUGUUGCUGGAGUAGUUUGAAGCCAUACUCGGCUUCCUCCUGACCUUCAGCUCACUUGUCCUUGGAAAAGGCUGUUUUUCUUUAACUAAAAAUAACGAAAAUGCUUGUUGCCGUGCUGUUGUGUUUUUAAAUACUAGGUUGAAAAGGCCUCUCUUCCUGGGUAACCACAUAGUCUGACGACCUGCUGCCUCUUUCAGCUCCUGGUGUGUAGCUUGGCUACUGAGAGGCUUGCUCCUUACUGUGCCUGUGGCUCACUCACUGAACUCGGCUUGCUACAGAAUUGGUACCCUGGCUUCUGGGCCUCUUGUUCUAGACACCCCUUUUGUUAUUUUCCACUCCCACCAAUGUUACAAAAGUUUUUCCCCUAUUAAACUGCACUGGGGGAAGUCAAAGGGAAUGACAUUGAAGACCCAGAAUGCGCCAGGUGUGUUACAAACUGCAGUUCCUACUACCCUCACAGUACCCUCUGCAGACAGGGUGGUAAAGCCAUCUUAAAGAUGAGGACAGCAGGGUUGAGAAGGGCUUGCCUGAGGUCUCAGCCAGGAGACUCAAAAAGCUCUGUCUUCCCACUCUGCCUUCCCCAGAAAUACUGGCUAGUCUUGUGCACCUGAGUGAGUCCAUCCUGGACAAACGUCUGCCUUCCCUUAGACUUGUCCAGGGUUCUGAGCAGGAACCUGCCACCCAGCAGCACUCUGGCUUUCUCCCCCCUCCAAAGAAGCCACAUGUAUUUAUUUUUUUAUUAGGUUUUUCUUUGUCUUUUGUUUCUUAAUACACAAAAAAGAUUCAAAACCUUGAAACCCCCUUCAUUGUCCUUCCUUCCCCAAAAGCAGCUGCUGUCUACAACAUGAGUUCUUCCAUCUAGCAAAAGUACUUCUCCAGCUUUCCAGUGAAGUUUCCUUAAUGGUUAUCAGGGGAGUAAAACAUGCCCUUGAGAGCCUAGGGGUAUGGUCUGUAAAGGCUCAGCAAAAUUUCUUCAAAACCUAUUUCAACUAAAGAUCAUAGGGAUUUUCCACUCCAUAUUAUAUCCAUGUUUGUCUUAAUGUAAGAUAACUUUUAAAUAACUUUCCUCAAGUCUUUAAAUUAAUUCUCUGGGCAAUCACUGCAUGCUUCCCCAGUCCUGUGGACUCAAGCAGCACACCGAGGGGAGGGUGAUUGCAGAACUGAGCAAAAUGACUCUAUCGGUAAAUGCAUUGUUUUAAAACAAAGUGAGGUAUGACCACCAGUAUCUUCCCUUUGUUCUCAGAAGCUGUUUGAGGCCAGGAUUCAAGUCUGACGUUCCUGGUCCUUCUGGCUUGAGGCAAGAAGGAUACUGGGUCUGGUUAAAAUGAGUUAUCCUGGGAGGUGAAGUCAGGUUCCAAGAUGGCUACCCGGGAGGAGAAACAGAGAGGGAUGGGCCUCUCCCUAGGGGACCAAGGGGUCUGGCUCUGGGACAGGCUAGCAAUAGGUUCUGGGGCCUCCUUUUCCUUAGUCCCCCUGCCACACCCUCUUGUAGUUUUAAAGGUCCCAUGCUAACACUCCUCCAUCAAGGUCCUAGGGAAGAACACAGGCUUAGUCUGGCUGUGGGAAAAACCAGCUGACUCAUGAAGACAUCCUGCCUCCCAGUCACCUGUGUUGUUGUUGUUAGGUGCUGUCUAGUCAGUUCCAACUCACAGCAACCCUACAGGACAAAGCAGAACUGCUCCAUAGGUUUCCGAGGAGGGGCUGGUGGAUAUGAAAUGCCGACCUUUUGAUUAGCAGCCGAGCUCUUAACCAGUAAGCCACCGGCACUGCCCCAGUCACCUCGGCAAUGGGAUUGCAAACGUUGGAAGGUUUCCCACAGGAUCCCACCUUGGAUAGAUUGAAGCUUUUAAUGUAGCAUGUAUAACUCUAGACACAUCUUAAGAAGUAAAAAUUCAAAUUUUAAAAAUUGGAAUAUUACAUGUGCAAAAAUCCUAGUGUUUCUGUACUUGAAAGUAGCAAGUGUAUGGGAAUACUAACAGCUGUCCUGGGUGUGCAGGGAGGGGCGUGGUUUGUACUAAAGUAACAGCGCAGGUGUGCCCACCCCCAGCAUUUUGUUAUGAAAAUUUUCAAACAUACAGAAAAGCUGAAAUUGUAUACCCUCCACCAAAAUUCUGCAAUUAACAUUGCUGUAUUUAUCACACAGCUAUCCAUUCCUCCAUCCAUACGUCUUACUUUCUGAUGCAUUUCAAGUAUGUUGCAUGUAGCAUAUACCCUCCUAAAUGCAUCAUCAGUUUAUAUUUGCUUACUUUGGGGGUGGUAAAAUUACAUAUGGUGAAAUGCACAAAUCUUAAGUGUAAGUCAGUGGUUUUUGAUAAAUGCUUACACCUGUACAACUCAACCCACC